GGAAUAUGUGGAUGACACUGUCAGAUUUGCAAAGAUUGUAUUAGUACAUUCAUUAAGAUUUGUGGGUUGGUACUUCCAAACAGAGUUUGUACAGAGAGAAAAUUCUGAAUAUGGCUUGAUUUACUCUUGAUCUUGGCAGUGUUUCUAAUGAGUGUCCCAUGGACUCUAUCAAGUUCAGGGGGUUCUACUCUAGCACUGAGGAGCAGAACCCUGAGCAGCAACCUGGUAUCAGUGGGAACGUUUCUUCAUCAUUCUCUUUAAAAGAGCAACAGAAAAUGAGCGAUUAUUCUGGACUUGCAAAUAACCACAGCCAGAUGAUUGCUGAAGAGUCAGAGAUUCAGACAAAGCCUGAACACUCUCAUGAGGUUCUUCAGGAAGAUAUUGAAAUGAGCAGUGGAUCCAGUGGAAAUGACUUCAGUGGAAAUGACACAAAUGAAAACUACUCGAGUGGGCAUGAUUCUCAUGGCCAUGAAUCUGAUGAAAAUGGGAAAGAUUCAGCGAUGCUUAUGGAAUCUUCAGACUGUCAUAAAAGUUCAAGCUCAAAUGCAUUUAGUCUGAUGAUUGCAAACUCUGAACACAAUCAGUCUAGCAGUGGAUGCAGUAGUGAGCAGUCCACUAAAGCAAAAACACAAAAGGAAUUGCUGAAAACAUUACAAGAGCUGAAAGCUCACCUGCCUUCUGAAAAGAGAAUUAAAGGCAAAUCUAGUGUCCUAACAACAUUGAAAUAUGCCCUAAAAAGCAUUAAACAAGUUAAAGCCAAUGAGGAGUAUUACCAAUUGUUGAUGAUUAAUGAAUCCCAGCCUGCUGGACUCAAUGUGUCAUCUUACACGGUAGAAGAAGUUGAGACUAUAACCUCAGAAUACAUCAUGAAAAAUGCGGUAGGCAACGAUGAAGUUGCGACAAGAAGUCCAAGGGCAAUCAAAAGAGACUUUGAGGCCUUGGGAUGA